CUUUUAAUGCUAUAAAUAAUAGGACAAGAGGAGCUAGCUAGUAUCAUCGAUCUCUCAUCACUAGCUUACAACUAGGGUUUAAUUUCCAAAAUUCUCACUCUUUCAAGUUUUGAAUCUUGUUUUUUUUUUUAAAAAUGGUGAGCGGAAACAUAUUGGCUUUUCGUCCCUAUGGGAUAGAAGCAAGGCUUGUAAUUAGCUUCCGUUUGAAUAAACAGUUCGAUAUUGACGACGACGACGAUGAUGGAGCAAAAGUGGCACCUGCAGCAUAAUAGAGUUUGGUAUUAUAUGUGUUUUCUUUUGAAAAAAUGAAGCUCAUAUAUAUAUAUAUAUAUAUAUAAUAGGGUUUGUGAGGGGAAAUUUGUUGUUUUCUCCUUAGAAUAAAUAAAUAAAUAGGAAACUAAACCCUAUAUAUGAGAAGGAGAGAAUUUUGUCUACUUUCUAAUUAUCAAUUUUUAUUCCUACAUAAAAUUAAACGACUUAAAGAUUGAUGUUAUGGCACUGCUUGUUUUAGUAGCAAAAGAAAAAAAAAGUCCCAUUUAUUGUCUUUCCCCCCUUUUAAUUAAUAGCAUAAGCACUUUUUAAUUAAUUUGAAGUAAUUAUAUAUUUAGAAUUAAAAAGAUCAUGUCAUCUCAAAAAUGAACCAAUUUUCCAUUACACAUCAUCCAUAAUAAAUAAUGGUGGUUGAAUUUUGAACAAAUAUGGGAAAUUGCUUCAUAUAUUCCAAGAAAUGAGGAACUUCAAACAUUAAAUUUAAUCUCACAUUUCAGAAAGGAAGCUACAUUUGUGGACUACUUUAGAUUCUCUUAUUUCUGUUCCUUUUCUUACAUACCAUUUGUAAAAGGAAAAAAAAAAAAAAACCAAAAAAAAUCGCGAAAAAAGGAGAGGAAAAAAAAACGAGUAUUAAAGUGUAAUGAAUCUAUCUGAAGAUGUAAUUUUCGAGAUUUUGACAAGAUUGCCUGUAACUUCUUUGAUUAGGUUCAAGUGUGUUUGCAAAUUCUGGUAUUCUCUCAUCAAGAACCCUAAUUUCAUCUCGAAGCAUUUGCAUAACCUAAGUAGCAAACAAAAUUAUCUCAGUUUGCUAAUUAGUCGUCGGGGAAAUAUUACAAAUAAAAGGAUCCUCUCAUUGUCACAAAAUGAUACAUUUGAUGUUUUCAUCAAUCAAGAUUUUCCAGAAUACUUCAAUGACAAAUUUGGUCACGUAAGACUUAUAGGUUCAUGUAACGGCAUUGUUUGUUUAUGUGGUUAUCCAGAUAAUAUUGUUUUAUGGAAUCCUUCAAUUAGAGACUACAAAAUAUUGCCUCAAUCACAAAUUCAACGUCUUGUUGGAUCGACAGUACGUGGGAGUGAUUUUGGAUUAGGGUUUGAUUCGAAGAAAAACGAUUAUAAGGGUGGAAAGGCCUUUAGGGUUUUGGAAAAAUGGUGAGCUCAUUUUGGAAAAUAGCUCUGGACAAUUGGUGAUUUAUGAUCCUUCAAAUCAACAGGCGAAGACACUUGGAUUUUAUGGGAAAAGAGGCAGGCUGG